UUACGUAGGUCUCUUUGAGAUAAUGGACGAGUUCUUUCAAAUACAACGUUCUGGAUGAAUGCUGCAUCAAGGCAAAGGCCAUAGUAACUAGAAAAAGAAGAAGAAUACAUUGAGUUCUAAUCUCCUAAUCCUAACCUAGAAAUUUUUGUUUUUUGGCGCGAAAAUUUGUUUACCAACCUGUUUACUUUUUUCAUUUUCACUUUUCAAAACUUAAAAAUUAAAUAAAAUAAGAGAAAUGGCUGAAGAAUAUAGAGAAGAAAACCUUGCAUAUCUUAUGCCACUGUACUAUGGAAGACUUUUUCCAUCCCAUAAUUUCUUCCAGUGGUUAACACAAGGUGAUCCAAAGUCGUUUGCGUAUCGUGAAAUUUCAUUUACCCUAAUAGGAGAUAUAUAUAUAAGAUUUUUAUCUUUCGAGACGCAUGAAGAAUUUGCAAAAGAGUUGACUAAAAAGAUACCAAUAAAAAUUGAUAUUGGAUGUCAGUACAACAUAAAACCUAAAGAGAAGAGGAGUGCACAUACGGUUUUUAGGCCAACAUUAAAGGAAAUGGUGUUUGAUAUUGACAUGACUGAUUAUGAUGAAGUAAGAACCUGCUGUUCCGGAGCUGAUGUUUGUAUUAAGUGUUGGAAGUUUAUGGCUAUUGCUUGCAAAAUUCUUGAUGCUGCUCUCAGGGAGGAUUUCGGCUUUAAACAUCUUCUAUGGGUUUUCUCUGGUAGAAGAGGCAUCCAUUGCUGGAUAUCUGAUGAAAAAGCAAGAUACUAUGAUAACCACGCAAGAUCCACAAUUGCCGAAUAUUUACAAAUAAUAAAAGGGGGAAUGCAUACCAAAAAAGCCUAUUUGCCAGGAAGUAUCCAUUCGUCUAUACAGCGAGCACUGACAAUAAUAGACAAAUACUUCUUAGAUGCUAUAGUAAAAGAUCAGGAUAUUUUGGGUACCGAAGAAAGACUCACUAAUUUUUUAAAUUUGAUAGAUGAAAAAGUUAGGAGUGUGUUUAGGGAUAAUAUGAGUAACUUUAACACUUCCGUAGAAAGGUGGAAGGAAUUCGAAAAAACCUUUCAGCAACUGAUGCAAAAAAACCAAAUACCAAGAAGCUUAAAAAACCUUAAAGAGGAACUAAAACUUCAUUACUGCUAUCCAAGAUUGGACAUUAAUGUAACAAAAGGGGUGAACCACUUACUAAAGGCUCCAUUUUGUGUGCACCCAAAAACUGGCAAAAUUUGCGUUCCAUUUAACGUUAAACAUGUGGAUAAUUUUGAUCCUGAUAAUGUACCCACUAUCAGUGGAAUACUAGCAGAAAUAGAUGCUUAUGAUAAAAAAACUGUAGAACUGCAAGUGAAUCAAGUGGAAACUGAUGUAGAAUCAGCUUCUAUGGAAAUUUCUACUGCAUCAAAUAUUUUGAAUAGUCGUAAAACAGUCAAAGACUAUAAGAAAACUAGCCUUCUAAAAUACGUUAAAUAUUUCUCGGAGUUUUUAAGAGAUUUGGAAAAAGGCAGAAAAAGGAAGUUGGAAAGUAUGGACACAAUCGGUUUCUAAUUAUUUUUUCUUUUGUUAUAUACUUUUUUUUUGAAUAAAUUAUGUGAUCAAAUCAAA